CCUUUCUGUGGCUUUGGGGUCCUUAAAAACGCCUUGUUUGGUUUGCUCAAAUGGUCGCUCGUCACAGGGAAUUUUCCUGGGGGGAAAUCGUCAUCUCCCUUUAUUUUUCCCGCGUUUCGAAUUAUCAUCUCAACAAACCGUGACAGCCCAUCUUUUUUAUUACCAUAUUUGCUGGAAUGAUACUACGCAUCAACCCACCAGGCCCAUCCACACCGGUCAUGUUACAGAAAUGUCGAGCCAUGAUAUAGCUAGCUACUUGUCAGCCAAUGACCUCCUCUAUGGAUUCGAUAUCUGCGAUGAAGAAACCAGGCAGUUCCUCGCUUCGCUCAUCAACUCUGGCCGCGCGCCGCAAACCGAGAUAAACGGAUUGCGGGACCUCAGUCUUUUGCGCGGGGCUGAAGAAUGGGACAUGCUAUUCGAAUGCGCCUCUAAUUUGCGAAAGAGGGGCGAAAUUUCAGGACAAACGAUUGGCGAAGACGCGAAGAGUUCUUUGGUACCGUUCCUGGAGCUACUCCUAAACGGUCCAUCUGGUACCGGUGUUUCAGGACUUGCUUUAAGGUACCAACGGCCAACGUCGAGAAGCGCCAGAGAAAAGCGCGAAACCCGAACGCGGAGGAGUAGAGAUUCGCGACAGGGUAGUACUUCGCACUUCUGGGGGGACGACGAGGGCGGAGCUUCGAAGGUUGCGCCGAAGCAGCGGCAUCAAGCCAUUCACUCGUUUCCCAUCCCGACUGGAGUGGGCAACCAAGUUUUCGAUGCCACCGGCUGCAGUUCGGCAGAGAAACAUCAUGUUGGUUCUGCCUGCGUCGUAGUGUUGGAGAAGAAAGGUGUCUCAUCAACCGCAUCGGUGGCUCCCGCGAGGGCUGGCCAAAAAUCACCCGAGAGCAUUACUAAGGAACAGGAAAACCCGAGCCUGCUGUGCUCACCAAACCAGCCAGCCAACUCGCACGCCGAGGUCACAAAGACGAUAGGGCGAGCAGUCAAGGCCGCAGGUGGAUUGAAAUCUCCGUUCUUUGGCACCACGACGCCUACGAGAGGAGGGCAGCCGAAGCCGGGACCCAGCCCGCCAUCAACGGCAAAGAAGUCUCGUCCACCACGAGGUAUCGUUUCAAGCCUUCCCAUACCGCCCCUCACCGCCGACCGAUUCGGCCUGAUCCAAGAGGAGCUGGCCGACGACCCGUUCCGCCUGCUCAUCGCGGUAACCUUCCUCAUCCGGACUCCUGGCAGGGCAGCUAUCCCUGUGUUCUGGCAGCUCAUGGAGCGUUUUCCCACGGCCGAGGCGCUCGCCGCGGCGGACCCAGCAGAGGUUACGGCACUGAUCCGCCCGCUUGGCUUGUCCGCCGUACGGUGCGCGGCCAUCCAAAACUACGCCCGCAGGUGGCUGGAGAGGCCGCCGACCAGGAAUGUGCGGUAUGGGGUCAAGAACUACCCGCGGCCGGGCGACGCACGGCAUGUGCGGGCGGGAGAGGAGUUCGGCCCGGAGGACGACGGAGCCGACAUGUUAGACGGUCGGCAGCCGGCAGAUGCCGCGGCCGAUGCGAGGGAUAGGGCAGUCGGCUGCGCUUGGGAGAUUGGGCACCUCACACAAGGCCCGUAUGCGCUGGACUCGUGGCGCAUCUUCUGCAGAGAUGUGCUGCUUGGCCGGUCAUGCCACUGGACGGGGAAAGGGAGCCCGCCGGAGUUUCAGCCCGAGUGGAUGCGUGUUCUGCCACGGGAUAAGGAGUUGAGGGCGUGCUUGCGGUGGAUGUGGAUGCGAGAAGGUUGGGAAUGGGAUCCUCUCACGGGUGAACGGGAGCCUCUUCGAGAAGAUUUGCGUCUUGCGGUGAACGAAGGUCGGGUUGGCUACGACGAUGGUGGUAAUCUGGUGAUUCUUCAAUAGUUGGGCGCCGAGUACC